AUGCAUAUUUUCAAAAUUGUUAUUCUAUAUCUUGCAGCAAUACAUCAUAGUUAUGGAGAUGAAAGUGGUAGACACGGAGCCGAUGCAGAUUCAACAGACGUUGGUAUUGGAUGUUUUUCUGGUGAUUCAUCGGUUAUGUUAACUAAUGGUGAACAAAAACAAAUCGAUUAUCUUCAAACAGGUGAUGAAAUUCUUGCUGUUGAUCAUUUAAAAAUAAUUCCUACUGAAAUGAUUUUUAUGUUGGAUAAACAAAGAUCAAAACAAGCUAAAUUUUAUACGUUCAUAACUGAUUCCGGUCAUAAAAUAAGUUUAACCGGUUUUCAUUUAAUUCCAAUUAUUUCUUCAAAUAACAAAAUGAAUUAUAUCGCAGCUCGUCAAGUUCAAUUGGGUGAUCAAUUGUAUGUUCUUAUGAAUGGUCACAUGAAAUCUUCAUCAGUUAGAAAUAUAACCAUUGAAAUAAAAAAAGGAUAUUUUGCUCCGUUAACAUUGACAGGAACUAUAUUGAUAAACGAUGUUUUGGCAAGUUGUUAUGCCUCAGCAAAAAGCCAUCAAUGGGCACAAACUUUUAUGGCUCCAUUUCGUUGGUAUUAUAAAUUAGCUCGUUUUAUUUCUGUCAAUGAACCAUUUGAUAAUAAUCGAACAGAUGGAAUACAUUGGGUUGUUCAAAUGAUUUAUCAACUGAUCACCUAUAUUCAACCUUCGACAUUACAAAUUUCAUAA